AUGACGACCGCGCGCGCUUCCAUCGCGCGGCUCGCGACGAUCGCGGCGCCGCCCGCGGCGUCGCGCCGCCGCGCGCCGACCGCGCGCGCCCCCGCCGCGCGCGCGACGAGACGACGCGCGCCCGCCCUCGCGGCGCCGAGAGCGAGAUCUCGAUCUCUCGCGUCGUCGUCGUCGGAAUCGAAAUCGCGUCAUCGACGCGGCGGCCUUGAUGGCGUCGCGACGCGCGCGGUGGAAUCGUCCUCCGACGCGCCAGGCUCCGACGCCUCAUCAUACGUCAUCCCCGGCGAACCCGCCUACCCGGGACUCUACUGCGACUGGUCCGUCACCCCAACGGACGUCGCGGAGGUGUGGUCCUACCGCGUCAGCCUGAGCUCCGUCGCGCUCUCCGUCCUCGCGUGCUCCGCGGCCGCCUUCGCGCCGGACGCGCCCGUAAAUCUCAACGCCGCGUACUUUACCGGCGCGGGCUCGCUCGGGGUCGCGCUGACCCUGAUCCACAUGUACGUCGACCCGAUCAAGAAGGCGAUGCAGGCGAUGUGGCUGGCCGGGUUCAUAGGGAGCGUCGGGAUCGCGGCGACGCACCCCGACGUCUCCGUCCCGGCGUUCGUAGCGACGCACCCCGCCGCCGUGUGGCUCGUCGGCCCGAUGUUCGCCGCGCUCACCGGCGUCGCGUUCAAGGAGGGGAUGUGCUACGGGAAGGCGGAGUGCGCGGCGCUGUUCUUCGUCGUCCCGGCGACGCUGUUAGGGCAUCUCACGGGGGUUGGAUCAGAGGGGUUCGAGAAGGGGGCGAUCGUGGCGUGGUGCGCGCUCAUCGCGGCGUUCGCGGCGAGGAAGUACACGCAAGAGGUGAAGGACGACAUCGGGGAUAAGAGCGUGUUUAUCUUCAACGACCUGAGCGAGGAGGAGAAGCGGGCGUGGACGAUGCGGGCGAGGGAGCGGGACCCGGUGCGGUUCGCGCGGAUGAUGGGCGAGGAGUGAUGAGUGAUCUGUUUGUCGUUCAGAGCAAUCGACCGCG